UAAGCGUGCUGCCCAAGCAGUUGAGUCCACUUUUAUUUUCAAAUGAUUUUAUGUUUUGCAUAAAUAGAUUUGGGGAGUCCAACUAGCUAGCUCCCACACAUUGAUAUCUGAGACAUGGCAGAUCAGGUGAAGCUAUAUGGAGUCUGGAAUAGUCCAUUUAGUUGCAGGGUGAUAUGGGCUCUGAAGUUGAAAGGCAUACCAUAUGAUUACAUAGAGGAAGAUCUUCGCAACAAGAAAAGUGCUCAACUUCUCAAGUACAACCCAGUUCACAAGAAGAUCCCAGUUCUUGUUCAUGGAGAGAAGCCGAUUUGUGAGUCCAUGGUCAUCAUCGAAUAUAUAGAAGAAACAUGGCCGCAGAACCCCUUGCUGCCCACUGACCCUUAUGAAAGAGCCAUGGCCAGGUUCUGGGUUAAAUUUGCUGAUGAUAAGGGUCCUGCAAUCUGGAGGGCCUUCAAAUCAGCAGGCGAAGAGCGAGAGAAUGCCAAGAAAGAGACAUUGGAGAUGCUGAGAACUAUUGAAGAGCGCGCAGGUCUGGAAAAUAAGAAGUUUUUUGGAGGAGACAACAUUGGUAUUGCAGACAUAGCCUUCGGAUGGUUUGCUCGUUGGUUUGGAGUCAUUGAAGAGGUGGCUGGGUUGAAGCUUUUUGAAGCCCAUGCUUUUCCUCGCUUGCAUGCAUGGACUAACAAUUUCAAGGAGGUGCCUGAAAUCAAAGAAAACCUUCCUGAUCGUGAUAAAAUGGUGGCCCUCUUUAGUGGUCUUGCUUAAGAAUAAAGGCAAACUUUGUUGGAAUCUCUCAUGUGCUUGUUUCGGCAGAGUUCCAACUAUCUCCAAUUUCAUUUCUGUACUGCUUUACCUUCCGGUACCUCUUAUCUUUCAAUUCUGCUCGUAUAUCAAUAAUGAGAUUAACGGAGUUGUCUAUGGUACAUGGAUGUUUAUUAUACACUCAUUUAUAUCUUAUUGAACCAAAA